AUGCUAGUCCGUGUUGACGCUACUAUCAAGGAAAAUGGUGGAACUGAGUUCCGGUGCAAAGAGGUUCUAUUCCAACGGUCGACAGCACCCAUACUCUCUGGGUGUCCUGGCGUGAAAAAUUGGGGAGAUUCACCAAGGAGGUCCUCAAAAUCUCGGAAUAAAGGCUAUGCAAUAGGAAAUACCCCUGAACUUGCUCGAGCUCAUAAUAGUCAUGCUAAGCCAGAGCCUAGACAUCUGCACGAGAAAUCUCAUGUCAUUUCAACAGGACGCACAGUUGAAGCUUUCCAUUUUGUCAGUUAUGUUCCUAUUGGUGGCCGAUUAUUUGAAUUGGAUGGUCUAAAACCUUAUCCUAUUGAUCAUGGUCCUUGUGGAGAAGACGACUGGACUGAAAAGUUUCGACGUGUCAUGACAGAGAGAUUAGGAAUUGCCACUGGAGGAGAACCUUAUCAUGAUGUUCGCUUCAAUCUGAUGGCGGUUGUGCCUGAUCGUAGGAUUGCGUAUGAACAGAAAUUAAGGACACUCAAAACUAAUAGGCAAAUAGUAUUAGAAGCCUUACAACAGUUGGUGAAACUCACACAUCCUGAACUUACAUCUGAUGAUCAUGCAGCUGUUGUUGCAGCUAUGAAUUCUAAACCUCCCUGUCCUACUGAAGAUGAAAGUACACAACCCUACAGCUUGGAAGCCAAACAAAAAACUGUUCCUCAGAAUCAAGACAGAAGUUCACCAUACCCAAAGUUACCAGCUGCUCUGGACAAUCACAACUAUGCCAAAAGCCCUCUCAUGGAGGGUUUAACUUCAGGUAGAUCUGAUUGUCAGCCUCAUUAUGAAGAUUAUAGUGGUUCAGACUAUUCUGAUGAUGAUUCUCGAGUUCCAGAAAAAGAAAUCAUGAGCAAUAACUCUAAUAGUGUUACUACUACAGAUGUCAAAUCUCCAACAGAGAGAAAUGAAAAUGCAAUGGUGCCAUUGUCAAUCAAUACUUCACCUGAUUUAAUGAAACCACUCAGUAUCCAAACAAAGUUUGAAGCAUCCCCAGCUCCGAGUGCUUCAAGCACUGACACUUCUUCUGAAGUUGGAAGUGCAUUCAAUUCUCCAGUUCAAUCUAUGCAUAGUAAUUUCAGUCAGUGUAGUCCUAACUCUGUAAAAGGUAGGCCUCCUGAAUCCUCUAUUUUUGAUGACGUUAGAGACAUUAAAAAGUUUGUUGUCAUUCGUAUGAGUUCAGGCUGCUCUGGUGAUAUAUCGUUGACGAAAAUGGAAACUUCUUCUUCUGAUGGAUCUAAGUCUGCAGACUGUGGGAAAAGGGCUGAUGACCCUGAAGAAACUAUGGAAGAAUCUCCUGUAAAAAAAAUAUGUGUUGAAUCUUUGACUAACGAAAAUAGUUCAGACCAUUUAAAUGCAUCCAAAGAAUACCAAGAAUCAAACCCAAAAAAUUCUAAUUCCAAUCUUAGUGAAAAUGUAAGUUCUAAAAAUAAUGGAUCUGUCUCAUCUAAACGUCCUCAGUUGAUUGAACCUCACAGAUUUGCACCAAAGGAUUUGCUGGCACUUUUGAAAACUGUUGAGACUGAAAUAGCUAUAUGUGAAAGUAAUCUUCAUGAUGAAAUUGAGAAGAGGAAAAAAUAUAAAGUGGAUGACUGCAGACGAACUCAUAAUUAUGAUCAGUUCAUUUGCACAUUCCUUUCCAUGCUUGCAGAGCAAGGAAAACUUGCUGAUCUAGUUGAACAACAGCUAGUAGUCCGUAGACGUCAAGGUGUAGCUGUUGGAAAGCUUCAUAAAACAAAAAAGCCUGAUAAGCGACGGCGUUCACGACCAAAGAAAAGGAAAUAAUGCCUCAUACUUUAUUGUAGUCAAAGAAUGUUGUGUUUUGUAAAUAAUGUUUUUUCUUAGCAUUUGGAUAAGCUUUUUAUGUUUGUUUUGUUCUCUGUUGCAGCCUUUGUACUAUUUGUAAUUAAAGUACUAUAUAAAAAAGUAUUUUAAUGUAAUGCAAUUUAUAUUUGACUCAGGACAUCAUUAGCUAAUAAUAAAAAUUAAGCUGUCAAUAAAUUUUAUUUGAAAUUUUUACAGAUUAAGGCCAUAUUUUUAUUUUUAUUGAAAUUGCUUAUUUAAUUUUAAUAUUUAUCAUCAAAUUUCUCAUCAGAUAUUGCAGAAAUGUAUAUAGAUUGUAAAAUGUAUAUAAUUUAGUAUUUAAUAAUAUAUUUUAAAAACUCUUAAGUAGAUUUUCCUUUUGGUAUGCGAUUUUUCUUUCAAUGAGAUUGUGAUUGUCUGUACACAUUUAAAAGUAAUUGAACUACGAAUAUUUUGUAUAGGAUUGUACAUAUAUAAAGAUAUGUAAAGUAAUACACAUUUAGUUUCUAUUUUUACUAUUAAAUAAAUGGGCUGCCUUUUUGAAAGGUAUUUGAUAGUCUCAGUAUUUUCUUAGUUUUUUACAGGACUAAAUGAUAUCAGUCUAAACAGAUAUUUUAAUGAGGGAAUAUGAAAUAGUUAUUUCUAAGACAAGAUUUCCAAGUGCUUAAACUACUUGCAGAAUCAGUAAAGCGUAUGAAAUAAUAUGCAAAUAUAUAUAUAUAUGUGUGUUUUUUAACUGUAAAGAAGCAGAAGCAUUGUUUUAUUUUCAGUAUUUAAAAUUCAAGUUGCAGCCAUGAUGAGUAUUAAAAAACUACUUUUCGUUAGGAACUUGUAAAAUUCUGUCUUAAAAAUAAAUCCUCAAUUUGUCAGUUACCAAGUAAUAAUUAUUUUAUUAAAUAAGAGUAUUUUUUAUAAUUAUUUGCAUAAAAAAAUUAUCUUAUUCUGGAUGCUCAAGGAUUGGUCGCUUCAUGGAGUAGGAGAGGUUAGGAAAGUAAUUAAAAGAUUGAUUUUCAACAAGCAAUAUUCUGAUUUUCGCUUUAAUUAAUUUUUUUUAUACUUAGGCUUCUUAUUCAUUUGUUAUGCUGAUAUAAAAGUACUAUAUUAUACCUUACAUUUAAAUUGAAUUAAUAAAAGCUUUUAACUCUGUUAUAUAUUUUGAUUCCUGUGUUAUGUAUUAAAUUAAAGGUGUAUGUUAGCAUCUAUUUGUAUUAAAAAAAAAAUAGUGUUAAUAUAGUUAAUAUAUAUGCUUUGUCAACUGAAUGUAGCAUUAUUUGUAAAUUAUAAAUUUAUUAUAAUACUGUAGAUUAAAAUAGUUCUUUGCCUAUCUUAUUUAUUAUUAAUUUUUACUGUAUGGUAAUAAGUUCAUUGGUAGAAAAUGCUUCUUUUCAUACAAGUACUAUCUAUUGAUUAGAAAUAGAUACAUCAACUGUGCUUUCAUUGUCAAGUUUUGUCUAUGCAAUGUAUAAAUAAUCAGCAAUACUUCACAUAGUUACUUUGUAAAGUAAAUUAUGUUAAGGUUUAUUUUAAAGUACUUCUCAUUGUGAAUCUCCCAUACUUAUAUCUUAUCUGUUCAUACUUCCUGUUUCAUGCAUAUUGUGAUAGAAAUGUGCAUCUAUGUAAAUAAAAAAUUUACAGCUUUAAGAAGUCUAGUAUUUCAUAAUGUACAAAAUAUAUAAAAAUAUUCUUACAUGCAAAAAGAAAAUAAAUAAAUAAAACACAUUCAGUUGUAACUUUUUUAAUUACAUAAUUCUUAGAAUUGCAUAAAAACAUGGGGGAGGGACCAGUGUUACAUUAUCAUUUAGUUAAGUUCAUUUUCUUAGUAUUCAAACCUGUAUUUUAUAUAAUUAUAUUUGUAAACAAUUAAAAAUUUUUCAAUUUUCUCUCUUUAAAAUUUGUUGAGUAAUAAACAAAUGAUAUAAA